AUGCUCCCCCGCGGACCCGUCCACUCCGCCACGCCCUACUUCAGCCUCAAAGACGACAUCUAUGAAGUCAACGGCACCCUCACCGCAUCACCUGGGCUUGAUCUUAUGACCCAGAUCCUUGGCGCCCCUGUAACCCCCCGCAGCUGGGCUAACACCCUCACCCUCGUCGGCCUCCUCCUCCUCGCCGCCGCCGCCGCCGCCCAGCUCGCCCUCCGCCGCCCCAGCAACCGCGCCCGCGCCGCCCGCCUCUGCGGCACCACCGACCCCAGCCUCCGCGGCACCGUCUGGACCGUCCUGCGCGUCUUCCUCACCUACUUCCUCACACUGAUCGCCGCGUGGUCGACAUACCAGCUCACCGCUGCGGCCUUCCUCCCCGUCUACCACACGACACUCACCGCGUUCGUGGUCGCGCUGCUGGUCGCAGCGCUGUGGUGGGGCGUCACGCAGAACUCGCCGCGCAACAUGGGCUACCUCCUCCUCGACGCGCCCAAGACCCCGCAGACGCCCGGGCGGCUGUCGCGCAGCCAGGACCGCUACGCCAUGGCCGCGUUCGCGCUCAUGUUCGUCCGCGGCGCGGCGGUCGGCGGGCUGCAGAUGGCGGGGGCCGGGGCGGUGCAGGUGCUCGUGCUGGCGGCGUGCGAGGUCGUGCAGCUGCUUGUGAUGGGCUUCACGUGGCGGUGCGUGCCGGUGCUGAGGGUCGGCGGGGCGCUGAGCGCAGCGCGGUUGCUUGUACUAGGGGUGUUUGUGGGAUUUCUGCCGGGCGUGGUUAGGGAGGCGAGGACGAGAAAUGUGCUUGGGUUGGUGGUUUUAGGGGUUCAUUGUGUGGUUGUGGUGGGUGUGUUUGUGGUGCCUGGGUUGGUUAGGGUUGGGAUUUUGAUGGCGAGGACGUGGGAUGUGGUGAGGGCGGAGAAGAAGAGUGAGAGGGACGGGCUUGAGGUGAGGAUUUCGAAAGCUUGA